GAAGCCCAGAACUGUGAGUCCGGUACCAACGAACUCCUCCUUCUUUAAAUGUCACUCCCAGCAGCCCAAAAGGCUCAGACUGUGUCACUUCAGCGAGUGACUCAGAUAGUUUAAGAGAAGAGGGGAUCAUAGCUGUAUGGCAAUAGGAAGGGUACUUUAAUUAAAAAAAAUAUAUAUUAGAGUGAAGGGUAAAGAAAGAUGAUACGUAUAAGAAGAGGGUUUGGGGAUGAGAAAUCCCAGCUACGUGAUUUAAACAACCGACUGGACCAGUACCUCUCCCGGGUGAGGGAGCUGGAGAAAGAAAACCAACUGCUGGUCGAAGAGAUUCACAAGCUUCGUCUGGAGCAAGGAGCCCGAUGGUCACACGGCUACCACUCUGAAAUAUGCCAGCUGAGGAUGAAAGUGGAGGAGCUCACUGUGGAGAAGUGCGAGGCCGAAAUCCAAAAGGAAAAUCUCUGGCAAGAACUUCAGAUGCUCCAAGAGUUAUGGGAUCAAGUAAGGGCCAUGAGGAUUAGUAUUGAUCAACAGCUGGCACUUUAUAAGGAAGACCUUCAUAAGGCAAAGAGUAGCCAGGCAGCCCUAGAAGAACUGUACCUUCAUCUUCAACAAGAAUGUCAGGUGCUCCAGGGUUCUCACCAGGAAGAGUUAUUGGCAAUAACAGACCAGGUACUCAAGAUACCCAUGCAUGUUUCCAUCCAGGAGACACUGGCUCCAAGGCUGAGCAUUCAGGACAUACAGAGCAUCUCAUUAGAGCUGUCAGAGUCAUGGAAAGAUGCUUUCCUGCUGUAUCAAAAGAAGAUUGAGGAGCUGGAGAACCAUCUGAGAUUGAGUGAAGAGGAAAGACAGGGAGUGGAAGAGGAAGUCAGGGUGUAUAGUCUGCAGGUGGUGGAACUGCGCAGGGAGUAUGAAGAGCUGUUGGGAAUCCGAAAGACUCUGGAAGAUGAACUGCUCAGAAUGAAAGAGAGAUAUAGAUUGGAGGUGGAAGAGUAUCAGAUCAUAAUUGAAGAAUUGGAGCAGGAGAGACAAACUGUAACAAUUACCAUUACUGAACGCCUUAAAGAUUAUCAUGAACUCAUGCAAUUGAAGACUGGGCUGAGCUUGGAAGUAGCUGCGUAUAGAGCUUUGCUGGAAGGAGAAAACCAAAAGGGAAGAGUUAUAUGGACCGAUUUCUCAGAAAAGGAAAUACCAGCAGGGCAUGAAACCCCAGCUUUUCCGCAGUCAGCAAGAUACUCUAGUGUCAUGAGGGGAGAAGACAGAAAAGAAUUUCUAAACAAAAGAAUCCAUGAAGACAUAAGGAUAAAAACACAGACUUCUGAUAUCCACAGGUUACAAGCUGUGCCAAAAAUACAGAUCAGAAAACAGGCUACAGAUUUAGGAAGGGCUAAUAGUUCUUAUGUAUCUCGUAUUCACGAGAGAACUAUCCAAGAAAAAAGUGGCAGGUUGAACACGAGCUUCCAACCAAGAUAUGGUUUACUGAAGAACAGGGACAUUCAUCAUAAUGUUUAUGACACAGCUUUGCAUACAGUGGUGGCACCACAUUCAUCCAGUGAGUCAAAAACAUCACUUCAAAAGACAAAGGUAGAGCAGGUGAAUAAUUUAAAGCCAGGGGCCACCCCAAGUGCAAUGUCUGACAUAGUCAAUAAAGAUAAAAGAGAUGCAAGAGUAGGUGAUAAAAUAAAUCAAUCACAUUAUUUGGAAUCAGAAGUAGUUGUAGAGAGAGAGGCAACAAACAAAAGUGUUGAAGAACAGAAGCGCGAUGUAGAGGACAGCAUGAAGACUUACCAAACUGAAGAAGUCAGUGUGAAAAAUACUAAUAUGGAGGGCCAAACUAGAAAGGAAAACACAGCAAGUAUAACGGUGACAGAAGAAAAAGAGACCAUUAAGGAACCUAAAAUGCAGGAGCUGCCGGUGAAAAAGGAAAGAAAGAAACGAGAUCAAGCGAAAAAAAAGAGAGAAGAAAUUGAGAAAGUCGGAGUAGAUGCAAUAAAUAUUACAGAAACAAAAAACGUACUAGAACAAAGGUCUGUCAGUGUCAAAACGAUUAUACCUGAAAACAAUAUUAAGGAAGGCCAAGCUCCUCAUGAGAUUCCAAUACAAUUCGAAGCAAUUGGGAAAGAAGACUGUUUACAAAAAAUAAGCGUGGAAAGCACAAAGGAAAACCAAACCGGAAUAAAUUCUAGUCAAACAUAUGAAACUGAAGCACUUAACACUGAAUUUGAGCAUGUUCAAAAUAUAGAAAAGGGAGGCAGUGAAGCCAGUAAAACCAAGGAGACAGAGGUGGUGAUAACGUCAUCUGAACACUUGGGAGGAAAGGCAAUGGUAGCCGAUAUUCUUAAACACUUUGGCCAACCAGCAGACUUGGAUGAUGCAGAGGUAACCUAUGUAGAAAGAAAGCAAGUGGGCAGUGAUGGAACAAUGAGGACUGAGAUUAUUGUACAAUCCAAAACAGAGGAGGAUGUAGACAUUUUUGAUGAACCUGAUCUUGCAGAUUUGUGGAGUAAAAAAUCAUAUAAAACAGUGGAAGAGUGCUUGGCAGGAGCUGCAGAAUAUUUAGCAGAAGAUGAACAGAACAGAAAGUUCACAAAAACAAUUCAAGGAGAAGUGGAAGAAGAAGAGGCUGAAUGGAUCGGAAAUGUCAUUCAAACUGGACUGAAAGGUAGGAAAGGAUUGUCUGUUAAUGUUGAGAUAAUAGAGGAAUCUAUAGGAACCUUUGGGGGUGAAAGAGCUGAAUUCUCCACACCAUUUCAUGUGGAGGAAGCAGAAGACAGCUCUCACACAGAAGAGGUAGCAAGUGAUGAAAAAGAUCUUCAUUCCUCUGGGAAAUCAGAAGGUGACAAAGUUCAGCUCAGUGAAGUCCCAACCCAUGUUGAGGAAGUAGUAGAAGGUGAAGAAGUGGAUGAAGAGACAAGUUACUUUGUAUCAAUUCCAGAUGACAUCCCAAGAGAAGAGGAUGAUGAAGAGGAAACAAUAAAAGGGCAAAUUCACAUAGAGGAAGAGUCACACGUUAAAUAUUCCUGGCAAGAUGAAUUUUUACAAAGUUCACAGGGUCGGAAAACCCUAAGUGAAUACCUAAAGUACACAAGCAGCAAUGAACCAGGCACAAGUAGCAGUGUUUACAGACAGGAAACACAUGAACCAAAAGAAGAAGUAACGCAAACAGAGACAGUUGUAAUUGAAAAAGAAAUUAAAAUUCCUCAAGGAUUCCAGUCAUCAAUCAAGGGUUUGUUGUCUAAGGAAAGCCAAGACCCUCAGCAAAAAUUGAAAGGAGCACUUGACUGUCUGCAAGAAAGCCUUCCACAAGACAUAGUGGAAGAAUUAUCUACAUUGGCUGGAGGAGAACAGACUCAAACCAGCAGUUUUGCAGUAGAUAUCAAAAAAGUUGACCAAACAAAAGAAAGUGGCAUAGUCACCAUUGUAGCAGAAAUCAAUGUAUCACAAACCAUGGAUACAGGUGAUGCAGAAACACUUCACAUACUUGAGAAAGUCAAAAAUGAAGAUGGACUUUUAGCACACUCUACAAUGGAAUCCUGUGAAGGAAAGGUAUAUUCUAAGGACAGACCAGAAGGGGAGAGUUUGCCUGGCACAAUUGAAUCUGAAACAGACAAGGAAUCUGUUUUCAUGGAAACCAAUGUAUCUAAAGUAAUUGAUAGAGAACCUGACACUAAAAAUAUCCAUCUUAAUGAAACAGGCAAAGUAUCUCAAUCUCAGAUUGUUACUGAUGUGGGCAGGUUAAUAAAGCAUAUGCCAGCUGAUGCAGACAAUGAGCAAUUAUCUAUUGGUGUAUCAAGAACAGAUAAAGAACAUGUUCUAACUGGAGAAGAAUCCUUAACUGACACAAACAGAUCAUUUCACCAUAUUAAAUUAGGACCCAAGGAAGUAUUCUCUACGCAACAAAUCAUCUUUGAAGGCCCUGUCUCGGAAACAUUGAAGCUUGACAUAGUAAAUAGUGCAGAAGAUUCAUCAAAUCAAAACAGAUCUGUACAUCAUAUAAAGAUAAGCCCUACAGAGAUGUAUCCCACAGAGCAGAUCAUAUUUCAGGGACCCAUUUUCAAAACAACAAGCAGCAGUGCCACAGGAGACUUAACACUCUCAGAAAAGCCCACAGAGAAUAUUAAUGAAACUACUGAAAAAUCCAAUUUAGAUUUUAGCAGCCAGCAAGCAGGAGGACAGGUGAAUGAGAUUAUUUUUCAGACAGAGGCUGCGGGUACAAAGAAAACAAUUACUCAUUUUAAAUUAAACUCAGGUGAGACACAACUUUCCAAAGAGAUUGUGUUUGAGGGUUGUCUCCCAAAUAUUGUAGAACACAGUAGACACGUUGUUCAAGAAACCAGAAAUCUAGAAGAUAAUAGUAUGCCUGUUGAGCACAGUGUCGGUUCUCAGAAAAUCCACACUGCACAAAAAAUCAAAUACCAGGGCUUUAUUUCUCAAUCUUAUCAAGUGGGAAGUGAUGACACUGAAAACCAGUCAAAUGUCAGCACCUCUGUCCAUCAUAUUCAAUUAAGCCCAAAUAAAGAACAAAUCAUUUUUGAGGGCCCCAUUUCUGAAAAUCUGGAUAUUGGCAGUGCAGUGGAUGAUUCUCAUUUCAAAGACUCAAACAGGUCCAUUGCACAUAUCCGGUUGGGUGCCAAAGAAAUAACAGCUUCCGAACACAUAACAUUUGAGAUUCCAAGUUCAGAAACAUAUGAAUCAUCAGAUUUUGUUGUUUCAUCUCCCUCUGGUGAUUCAAAUGAGAGUGAAAAAUCAAUAAAACAUAUUAAACUCGGUCCAACAGAAAAGUCUUUCACUUUUCAGAUGGACAUAACAAAAGUUGCCACAAAGUAUCAAGGUGAAGCGGAAGGCCAGGAAAGCAGAAUGGUAAUUACUUCCCGGAAUGUUGGUGGACAGCCAAAGAUAAGUGAGACGGAUGAUCCAGAGGUGGCUGAAAGUGGGUAUGGUGAAGAAGAAAUCGCUGGAGGGUCUCAAUAUCCUUAUGAAGCUGAAAUCCAGUCCAAACGCAUCAUUGAUACAUCAGAGUUUGAUAAAACCAUCCAAAUGCACAGAAUAGUCCAUCAGGGAUCUGGAGUUUCUGAUGAUAAAAAGGUGGCUGUUGUAUACCUAGAGGAGGAUGAAGAAGCAGAUCAUGAUUAUUUGCGGCGUUCAUUUUGAAUUUCCUCGAUUGCUUUGCACAAAAAUAAGGACUGACACUGAACGAUAGCUUGCAGUCCAUAUUUACCAGCGUGUUUCACAUUCAUAUCUCCAUAUAAAGAGGCUGUUAGAUCACCAGCAAACUCAUAUAGCACACCAUAUCUGUGUUUAAUCAGCAAAUGACUCUUUGCUAAGAUGCUAAGUUUUCAAACUAAAAGGGAAUAUAUUUUUGAUGUUGGCUUACUUAUGCAUAUACAAUGUAAACAGGUCUCCUUAAUAUAUACCUGGAAUGUUCCACUGUUACUGAACAGCGUUCAAUCUUUCCAUAGUAAGAGGAUUUUGUGUAUUUUUCAGACCCUGUAGGAAUGACAAAAAGUUUCCAGAACUAGGCAGAUGAUGAAUCUUGGGGAAAGCUGAACAUAUAUUUUAAAGAGAGUUAUUUCAAUAUAGGGCUACAUAGUAUUUGCGCUGGAUCACCUCUGUAGUGGGGUACUUACAUGCACGCAAGCAUGUAAUGGUAACAAAUGGAUAGGAAAUGUCCAAAUAGAUUAUCCAGAGUACAUUAAAUUAAUAGGAUGGAGAUGAAAUAUGUUGUGGGUCCAAUGAAAUGUGCGGCUAAGUUAAAUUGUAUAGGAGCAAUGAAGCUGCCAGAAAAUCAAUCUGCCGUUUAAAGAAGGGUGACUCACAGUAGAAUUAUAUAAGCAUUACAUGGUAAUUUAGGUUGAAAACAGUCCAUCGGGUUCAACCUUACUAAGACUUACUGCCAUUUAAACAUUAUGUCUUGUGGAUUGCUGUGUGUGUUUUGUUAAAUGAGAAUAUUAUAAUGUAUUUUAUGUCACAAUAAACUAAAAUAUUAGCUUUUUGCUAAUCAAAA